ACUGAUAUUUCCGAGUUUCAUACAGUACCAAGCGAGGCUCUCGAUUUUAUCGAAUUCGUUAAUAGUGCACCCUCUCCAUUCCAUGCGGUCGAAGAAUCUCGUUUACGUUUAAUUGAUGCGGGUUUUGAAGAGAUUAGGGAACGCGAUAGUUGGAUUGGAAAAUUGAAACAAAAUGGCAAAUAUUUUUUUACCAGAAAUAGAAGUACCAUUUUAGCUUUUUCCGUUGGUGGUAAAUAUAUUCCUGGGAAUGGAUUUUCAAUGAUUGGAGCACACACAGAUUCUCCUUGCUUGAAGGUUAAACCUGUAUCCAAGAAAUCAUCCGCGGGAUAUUUACAAGUUGGAGUGGAAACUUACGGAGGAGGGCUUUGGCACACUUGGUUCGAUCGUGAUCUAGGUAUCGCUGGGCGCGUAAUGGUUGAAACCGAAGGAAAUAAGAUUGAACAUAAAUUAGUUCGAGUUAGAAGGCCUAUCCUUCGAGUUCCUACUUUGGCAAUUCACCUUGAUCGUAAUGUUAAUGAAGGAUUUAAGUUUAAUAAAGAAACACAUUUGACACCUUUAAUUGCAACCGCUACAAAAGAGUUGGAAGGGACAAAUGAUGAUAAAACAUUAAAACAUCAUCCUACGUUAUUGAAUGUUCUUGUCAAUGAGCUUGGAGUCAAGACCGUUGAGCAGAUUCGUGACUUUGAAUUAUGUCUUUAUGAUACACAUCCAUCAACUGUUGGAGGGGCAUACAACGAGUUUAUCUACUCUGCUCGCCUUGAUAAUUUGAUGAUGUCAUAUACUGCAUUGAUC